UGUUGCCGAGCCACAUACCCAUCUUGAAGGACUUUUACAAGUCUGAUCAUUCUAUUAAUUUAUCGACCUGCUGCUUUGUCACGCAAGGUACGAACUAGCAGUGACAUAAAUGUGAAGAUUUUACGUCCAGUUCAGACCAACAAAGUAUGAAUUAACAUUUUCUGACACCGGGAAGAAAUAGACAUGGAUAUGACUUAUAUAUUUAGCGGAAGAAGGCAGACGAAAAAACCGUCCACGUUGAGAAAGAAACGCGAUGAACCUGUGCCAAAAUACAUCGACAAAGCUCGCGCUAUCGCGAUUGCCCGACAACUGAAGAUAACGCGAGUUGGCAAAGUGAGUCUGCGCAUAAAUAGCAAAAGUAGUCUGGAUUCUGAGCUGCCCCAAGUUCCGCUAUCCGAUACCAGAAUGACAACCAGAAAGGCCAUUCUAGAGAAAGAGAAAGGUUUAAAGACAGCGAUUUAUACGAAAGACAGUGCAGUAGGUAAAUGCAUACUAAAGACCAAUGACUACUCGGAACGACAGCUGAGGCGAUAUGUACAAUGUAUUGAUGACGAUAAAGACAAGACAGAUUAUAACAUGAAUCAACGAAAACGAGAGUUCAUCGCAAAGAAAUGGCAUUUCAAUCAUGAACCAAUUACGUCAGUUGAUGAUGAAAUAACCGAAAUAUAUCAAUCACACCCGGGAACUCCUAUUUUUGAAAACGAAGAUGAGAUUGGUCCUGUCAAUGUUUAUAAAUCUCCCUUUAAUUUCAUGUUACCAAGAAAAACUGCGUCCCAAGGCAGAAGGGGAAGCCGUCUUUCCGGAGUGUUUCUCACUCAAACUGGAUUACAGUCACCAGGAAACAAGGUAAUACCAAAUCUAAGUCAGUCGACAGAAGGCAGGACAUCGGCAACUGGAUCAGCAAUGGUAAAUACUCGCGAAAACUCUGCAUCUGUUUUCCAGUCGAGACCAUCCACUAUCGGCAAAGCAUUUGGAAGUGACACGGAGGACGAGCAUGAGCAGAAACGCGUCACAAAACAAGUGUCAAUUUUGGAAGUGAAAGCUGACCCCCUAACUCGUAGAAAAGGACGACGUUGUAUCUCCGUAGUUGGGUUAAUUCCAAAACGUACUACGACGCCAACAAAGGGGAGAUACGGUACUAAGGCACGGUCUAUAACUCCCGUCAUCAAAGAGGAAGAGCCACUUGAUCAAGUCAAUGACGAAAGAUUCACGGCUCUAACUGGUUUAUUGGUACCCGAUUCCAACCAUGAAGCCAAACUAAUUGCCACCCAAUACGCGGCACGAUUCGCAUACAAACCAAAGUUUUCUCACAGAAGACCAAAAGACAGCGAUCAAAUAAACACCGAGGAAAACUCGAAGAAAUUUGACGAUUUUCUCAAUAAAAAGACACUUGCACGAAGACGAAAGACAUCAAAUAAAAGUGAAGACUGUUGAGUUCUAACGCCAAAUACAAUCA